UAAAAAGACUUUUAAAAACUCAUUUAAAAUGUUUAAAUUGUUAAUAGUUUGUGCUGUAGUGUCGAUAGCUUAUGCUAAACCAGGCGGUUUGGGUUACGGGGGAUACAGUGGAUAUGGCGGAUACGGAGGGUAUGGGGGAUAUGGAGGUUAUGGAGGCCAUUAUGCGUUAGCUCCAGCUACAAGUUACAGUUCCCGUAUUGACUACCAUUCACCAGCCAUCAAAACGUACGUGGCACCUGCAGUGAGUUACCACAGUGCUCCCCUAGUAUCUUCAUAUGGACUUGGUCACGGAUAUGGUGCAGGUUUAGGAUAUGGCGAUGGAUUAGGACACGGUUAUGGUCUAGGACAUGGCUACGGCGGCUACGGUAGUGGAUACUCUUUAGGAGGAUAUGGUCAUGGUUGGUAAAUAAUGUAACUCGAAGUUUAAAUGUCUAUUUUAAAGUUCUCAUGUGUUCAUUUGUAUAUUUUGUAAAACGUUAAAAAUAA